UCAUACCGGUGAAUAUGUAAUAAACUCAUCUUUCAAAUUCAAACAUAAAAUACAUUAUUUACAAGGUUUAUUAAAAGUUUUGCUUAAAAUAUUCAUUUUGUAAUUUGUAAUUGUUUGCAAAAUUCUUUAAUAAUGGCAGCUACUGCAGUAGCCGUUCCCCGAGUAGCUGUACACGAUGAGGAAUCUGAGGAGGAUAAAGAACUUCAAGCUGAACUGAAACUCCUUGUUGAUAAGAUAUCAGGUAAUGACUUGUUAGUUAUACCUGCAUCUAUAGACAUGAUGAAAUUUUUGAUAAAAACUUCUACCACUUCCAUGACUUCAGUUCCGAAACCUCUUAAAUAUUUGGCUCCUUACUAUGAAUUGCUCAAAAUGACCCACCAGAGAAUUUCAAACCCACAGAUGAAGAAGAGUCUUGCUGAUAUCAUAUCUGUGUUAGCUAUGGGAACUGCAGGUGGAGAGGAAGCUAAGAAUAAUAGGGAUUGCUUGAAAUACUGUCUUCAAGGUACUAUGGAAAAAAUCGGAGAUUGGGGACACGAGUAUAUCCGCCAGUUGGAAAAAGAAAUCGUCCAGCAAUGGACUUUUAAUUGCGAAAAGAGCUGCAAAUCGAUGAUGCCUCUUAUCCACGAUAUCAUGACCUUUAAUAGUACCCACAAUGCGGAGAUCCAAGGAUGUGAUCUUCUGACUGAAAUCGAUCUUUUACACAUUCUUCCGAAGUAUAUGGAUAAGAGUAAUUACAAAAGAAUAUGCCUGUAUCUUUCUCAAUGUGCUAAAUAUGCUGAUGAUGUCGAAAGGUGCAAGAUUAUGAAGCUGGUUUAUGAACAGUGUAUGGCAUUUGGAGAGCACUCCAAGGCACUUAUCGCAGCGAUUCAAAUAAACAAAUCUGAUUUAGUGAACAAGGUUUUCGUAGAAUGCACCGAUAAAAUAAUUUUAUGUCAACUGGCCUUUAUAUGUGCCCGCCAAUGCUACAAUGUGGAUCUCGAUCCCACUUGUCAAUAUUACGAUGAGCUUACUGAAAUAUUAGGUAACAGUCACCUGAAUACAUAUUUUCUCAGUUUGGCUAGAGAGUUGGACAUUAUGGAGCCAAAGUCACCCGAAGAUGUCUACAAAACUUGGCUGGAACCCGUACCUCCCCGCUUUGCAAUAUUAGGCGAAACUUUAGAUAACGCUAGACAAAAUUUGGCUUCUUCUUUCGUCAAUGGUUUCGUGAACGCUGGUUUUGGAAGUGAUAAGCUCCUCACAAUCGAUGGGGGAAAUAAGUGGAUAUAUCGCAAUAAAGAUCGUGCAAUGAUCAGUGCUACGGCCUCAUUGGGCCUUCUUCAUUUAUGGGACGUGGACGGUGGACUGACCCCCAUCGACAAAUAUCUUUAUUCGACUGACGAGAAUAUCAAAGCUGGAGCUCUAUUGGCUCUUGGUAUAGUUAACUGCAGAGUUAAAAAUGAGUGUGAUCCCGCUUUGGCUCUGUUGGGAGAUUACGUGAAUGCCGAUAAUCGAACUUUGCAAUGUUUAGCUUUGAUUGGUAUAGCUUUGGCUUACGCAGGUACACACAGAGAAGAUAUUAUCGAAAUGUUGCUUCCAUUAGUAAGUUCGAUCAAGUGUGUGGAAGCCUUAAGCGCAGCUUGUCUAGCUCUAGGAUUUAUCUCAAUAGGCAAAUCAAACAACGCCAUACCUUCGACUAUUAUCAACAGAAUCAUAGAAAUGAGCAAAGAGGAUUUGUUUAAAACGUGCCACAUGAGAAUGGUCGGUUUGGGUUUGGCUUUGUGCUAUUUCGGGGCUCGAGACAAGAUAGAGGUACCCACUGAGGCUUUGAACGUAUUGGAAGAACCGUUCAGAUCUACUUUGCAGACUAUUUUGUUGAUGUGUGCGUAUGCGGGCACCGGAGACGUGCUGAUUAUUCAAGAGCUGUUGCAUUUAGUAGGUGAGAAGGGUGACAUUUCUAAAAAAGAAAAUGCAGCAUCUAGCGAGAAAAAAGAUAAGAAAGAUAAAUGGAGUACUAGUAAGUCGAAAGCGUCGAAACCGAAAGAAUGGGACUAUUCGAUGAGCCAGGCUACGGCUUGUCUCGCAGUAGCAGCUGUUGGAGCGGGAGAGAGCAUAGGAGUUGAAAUGGUUCACCGAAUCUUUGGCCAAUUUGCAAGAUACGGAGAAUCCACAGUCCGAUCGGCAGUCCCCUUGGCGAUGGCUCUGUCGUCAGUCUCCAAUCCCCAAUUAAACAUAAUUGACGUUCUUACGAAAUACUCGCACGACUCGGAUGAAGACGUCGCUGUCAACGCCAUUUUCGGCUUGGGGAUCAUCGGUGCAGGAACCAAUCAUGCUCGUUUGGCUGCUACUCUAAGGCAACUAGCUGCUUACCACCACAAACGCCCCUCUGAGUUAUUUAUGGUUCGCGUGGCUCAGGGUUUGGUGCACAUGGGGAAAGGAACUUUGACGUUGGAUCCUCUUCAUACCGAUAGGAUGUUGGUAGAUCCUGUAGCGAUGGCAGGUCUUUUAUCUAUGAUGAUAGCUUUGCUCGAUCCCCCGAGCCUGGUAUCCCGUUCCGCAUACUACAUCUACUUCCUGUCUGCUGCCAUUCAACCCAGAUGGCUAUUAACGCUGGACGAAGAUCUGAGAACAGUACCAGUGAGUGUCCGUGUUGGUCAAGCUGUGGAUGUGGUCGGUAAAGCCGGCACGCCCAAAACUAUAGCUGGUAUACACACUCACACCACGCCAGUAUUGUUGGCUACUGCCGAACGGGCUGAGUUGGCAACUGAGGACUACCAAGUCGUUGCUCCAACAUUGGAUGGUAUCUGCGUUUUGAGAAAAAUUGAAAAAACGGAAUGAUAUAUGAGUUGAAAUUCACACAAAAUUAUUAAACCACUGUACUAAUUUAUACUAUAGUUCGUUUUCAUUUACUUUUUUUUAUUAAAUUUAAAAGAAUAGAGAAAUAUUUGAAUCUUGAAAAUCAUUUGUAUGUUCGGUAUAAGCCAUCCUGAGUUUUCUUUUACAAUUUCUGAUUUUCCACAUUUCUGAUAGUUUCUAGUUCAAUAUAUAGUACAGUAAAAUCUCGAUAUAACGGACCUCUAUUUAACGGACUUCGGAUAUAACGGACCAAAAAUCCGGUCAAAUGUAAAAAAAUUAAAAACGUCCUGUUAAUAUUAUACAUACUUAACCCUGCCCAUACCAAGAUACAUUGCAUAACAACGGGGUCCCCGUGGAUCCCAAACGCUAUAUUUUACAAAGAAAUUCAAUAAACUUUUUAUUAUAGUAUAAUGAGGGCACAUUUCUAACUAGUCUGAUUUAUUUUAAACCUAUUUUUAUAUAACGGACUUUAGGCUUUAACGGACACCCCGUUCCCCCAAUUAGUCCGUUAUAUCGAGGUUUUAUUGUAUUGUACUCGGUUUUCUUUCUUGUCAUAUAAAAGUUUCUCAGUUGGAAUUGCAGCUUUUUGACUUGAUUUUUUAAAGAUUGAUCUUUCUAAUCAUAUUGUUACUUAUCACAAAAAAAAUAACAUUCAACUUUAAACUAUCUAUCUAAAUUUUUAAUAAACACAAUGGAAAAUUAGAUGGAUAGAGUAGUUAUUAUCAGUGGUACAAUAAUUUUGAAAAAUAGUAACUCCUCUCUGUUUCGUAAAUAGUUAUUUUAUAAGUAUUACUAGUGAUAAUAUUUUUAUAUGUACUUCUGAAGACUGUUUUAAUAAAAUUUGUAGUUUAUGUUUCCUA